GCGGCAGCACUUCCGGGUCGGCGCGGAGGCGGGGCGGAGGCGCUGCGGCGGCUGUUAUUGUUCAGCCGGGCUCCGCUGGGCGCUGUCUUUCUUGGCUCAGACGGUGUCGGUUUGUCCCGCUUCCUCUCGGCCCCUCACUCCCGGCGGCUGACGACGACGGCGGCGGCUGCGGCGGGCGGGGCCUGGCGUUUCGAGGCCGAGCGGCGCCGGGGUGAGGGGCGCGGAGGAGGAGGAGGAGGAGCCCGAGCAGGAGGAGGAGCCGUGUGCCCUGGCACCGAGCGGCCGCGGCCAUGGCGUACGCCUAUCUCUUCAAGUACAUUAUCAUCGGCGACACAGGUGUUGGUAAAUCAUGCUUAUUGCUACAGUUUACAGACAAGAGGUUUCAGCCAGUACAUGACCUUACUAUUGGUGUAGAGUUCGGUGCUCGAAUGAUAACCAUUGAUGGGAAACAGAUAAAACUUCAGAUCUGGGAUACAGCAGGGCAAGAGUCCUUUCGUUCCAUCACAAGGUCAUAUUACAGAGGUGCAGCAGGGGCUUUACUAGUGUAUGAUAUUACAAGAAGAGACACAUUCAACCACUUGACAACCUGGUUAGAAGAUGCCCGCCAGCAUUCCAAUUCCAACAUGGUCAUUAUGCUUAUUGGAAAUAAAAGUGAUUUAGAAUCUAGAAGAGAAGUAAAAAAAGAAGAAGGUGAAGCUUUUGCACGAGAACAUGGACUUAUCUUCAUGGAAACUUCGGCUAAGACUGCUUCUAAUGUAGAAGAGGCAUUUAUUAAUACAGCAAAAGAAAUUUAUGAAAAAAUCCAAGAAGGAGUCUUUGACAUUAAUAAUGAGGCAAAUGGCAUUAAAAUUGGCCCUCAGCACGCUGCCACUAACGCCACGCACGCAGGCAGUCAGGGAGGACAGCAGGCCGGGGGGGGCUGCUGUUGAGUCUGCUUUUACUGUCUCGCUGCCCAGAAGGGGCUCCUCACCUAUUCUUUCACCCUCUCCUCCUGCUCAGCUGAGACAUGAAACUCUUCCAAAUGGCUUUAUGUCACAGAAGAAGACUUUAAUCCUUCAGAUUCUUGUAUAACUUUGAAUAAAUGGUUAAUGUUCACUUAAAAAGACAGAUUUUGGAGAUUGUAUUCAUAUCUAUUUGCAUUUGAUUUCUAGGUCAAUUGAUGUGAUUAUUUUUGUUAAAUGUUGUCUUGUGCCCUUACCUACAAACUGAAUUGUAUUGAACACUACAAAGUCAUCUUGAGUAUUUUAAAUCGGUUUGUGUAGUUAGGUUUCCCCACACCUGUGGUUACCUAAUGUUUAAUACUAUAGAACUGUCCUCAAAAGUUUGUCAAUUUUCAAGGCUAUAAGGAAAACCGAAGGACUCUUUUAAUUCUGUAUUUAUCAUUUACUUUCUGUAUAUAUAGUUUAAUAACCUGCUUGGGUGUAAUUUGCCAAGCUUGAAUUCUUUAAUGCAUUUGCAUAAAUUCUAUACUGUUUAGAGCUUAAAGCUACAGAAGCAUCGUUAGGAAUUGCUUGGACACUGAAUUUUAAACUUUUUGACAUUGUUAACAAGCAUGUUCAUCUUUUUCUUGUCACUAGUCCGAGAGAAAUAUGCUUAAUGUACAUUCUAAAGGCUAUGUAUGUGUUAACCUGUUUUAAUGCCAAAAGUUUGCUGUUUGUCCACAGUUUCUUUAAGACCUCUUCAGAAAAGGAUUUGUUUGCCUUAAUGCAUACUGUUGGGUAAAAACACAGUAUAAUGAGUGAGGUGGGCGGAAGAAAGAACUCCCUCUGCCUGAGCGGCUCCAGGAGGAAUGAGUGCCCACAUUUAGACGGCACAUUAUGAGGACUUUAAUCUUUCCUUGAACACAAUAAUGUUUUCUUUUUCUUUUACUCACAUGAUUUCUAAAUAUAUUUUUCACGCAGGACAGUUUUUCAACCUUGAUGUACAGUGACUGUGUAAAAUUUUUCUUUCAGUGGCAACCUCUAAUCUUUAAAAUAUGGUGAGCAUCUUGUCUGUUUUGAAGGGGAUAUGACAGUAAAUCUACCAGAUGGAAAAUCCUGUUAAAAGUAGAAAAGCUUUAGUAAUUUGCUCAGUGUGGUGGUUUUAUCCUUCUUUUUCUUUUUCUCCCUUGGACUAUAAUGAAGUUGUUACAGCAGUGCAAAAUAAAAUCCUAUGUAUAAAA